AUGUUACCUCCUGGUUUGUCUAAGGCUCAAAGAGAUAAGAUCAAGAGUGAUGCCAAAUACUUUGUGUGGGAUGACCCCUACUUUUGGAAGCAUUGUGCAGAUCAAGUGAUAAGAAGGUGUGUUCCUGAAAACGAAAUUAUUUCUAUUCUCACCUUUUGUCAUUCUUAUGCUUGUGGAGGUCACUUUGGAGCUAAGAGGAUGGGCAUCGAUUUCAUGGGACCAUUCCCUGUAUCUUUCGGUUAUGUUUAUAUUUUGCUUGCUGUUGAUUAUGUCUCGAAAUGGGUGGAAGCUAAAGCUACUAAGACUGAUAAUUCUAAAUUUGUUAGAAAUUUUAUCAAGUCUAACAUAUUCUCCAGGUUUGGAAUUCCAAAAGCUCUAAUAAGUGAUCGAGGCACUCACUUUUGCAAUCGAAUUGUGGAGACUUUGCUGGAAAAGACUGCAUAUAAGAUGCCCAUUGGUAUGUCACCUUAUCGGUUGGUGUUUGGGAAACCAUGCCACCUUCCAGUUGAGUUAGAACACAAGGCUUAUUGGGCUGUUAAGAGUUUCAACAUGAAGAUGGAUGAAAGUGGAGAACAUAGGAAGUUGAAACUACAAGAGUUAGAGGAAAUUUACAAUGAUUCCUAUGAGAGUGCAAGGAUUUACAAGGAAAAGACAAAAGUUUUUCAUGACAAGAUGAUCUUUAGGAAGGAGUUUAAAAUAGGUCAAAAAGUCCUUCUAUACCAUUCACGGCUUCGUUUGUUUCCAGUUGAAAUUCAAAGUUUAGCAACUUUCAAAGUGUUCAAGGUGAAUAGUCAUAGACUUAAGCCUUUCUAUGAAGGUUUACAAGUAGAGAAUGUGGCAAUAUUGGACCUUGAGGAUCCAAUUUAUACUAAUUGA